AUGGUUAAGCCAAAUGACCAGAGACGUGCAUCCGCGGACACCACCGCACUGUCCAGGGCUCUUCGAGAGUCGUCUUUGAGCGAAGAACAGUCGAGCCCCAGCCAAAGCUCGCCCAUAAAGCCCGGCAGCAUCCCCGUCGGAGGACUUGCCGACUACUGCAACUCCACUAAGCCUCCUGGCCGCAAGUAUCCUCGGCAAACCAUGACUGAAUUCGAAGAUCUUUACAUCGACGACACCCAAGAGGACUCGGAAGGAUUCGCAGACGGAGGCAGAAACAUCAAGAGCAAGGAUGAAACCGGAGGAACCAAGCAGGCAGCCAAGCUGACAGGUACGAAGGGCAAAAAGGGCCAGGCAGCUAAAGAGUCAAGAUCGAAGGCCGAGUCUAAAGCGGCCGUCUUGUCGCAGCCAGCCCAGGCCGAAAGCAAGAAGGCGAAGGGUAAGAGCAAGAAGACUGAGGAGGGCGAAGACGACGAAGAAGAGGAGGAAAAGGACAACUCGAAGGAAAAACAGUGGACCCCUCCUCCAGAGGCUAGAUACUCUCCGGAACAUUAUAAAGUUUUGGUCCAAGUUGAUCUACCAGAUUGUGAUUGUGGCUCUGCUCGUCCUUGUGUAUACCUAUCUUCCACGUUGAGUCAUCUUUGUAAGCAUAUACCGCGCUCCAUGAACGAGAUUGCUCGUGACAAAUCCGGACGAUUCAUGUCCGGCAUUAGCGUAACCGUACAGAACACGACAACAUCAGCUUCUCCAAUGAUAGAACAAGCCAUGGGAGUUUGUGGUGACUAUGGAUAA